CCCGCACACAGGAGAGAGGAAAAAUUAAAAAGAAGCAAUAUACGUCUUGGAUUUUUAGUUUGGUAUAUAUCUUUUGCAGAAGAUCAGGGAUCGGAGUGUGCAGAGCAGGCACUGCUUGAUGAUCCAAAGAUCAGGGAUCGGAGUGUGCAGGGCAGGCACUGCUUGAGGAUCCAAAGUCACCAUGGCUCCGGGAAAUCUGGAUAACAAGGGCAAGGGCAAGGCUGUGCUGAAUGAUGAUGAUGAUAUCUCUGCGCCAACAAUGCCGGUGGAGGCGAUUGGCUCCUCAGGAGGACAGCCAGCGAGGUCGUCGGCUCAGGCCAUUCCUCCAGCUGCGGCGAUGGCAGCGCCGCCGUUGAUCCAUCGUGGAUCCCAGUCCCAGCAACUUGACAAGAGCCUCAUCGUCCUCAUCAAAUGCGUCAUGCAGCAGUGCGUGACGGGGAUGGAGGCAGCGAACACCGAGGCGGCGAACAGUGCUCUGGUCGCCCUGUCGUCCGCCUCAUCCCUCGACGGCGACCCCAUCCAGCGCCUGACGUCCGCCUUCGCCGAGGCGCUCGCACGGCGCGCGCUAGCGUUGCUGCAGGGCCUGUCCUGGUCGGUCCAGGGGCAGCUCCGCACGCCUCCGUCGCCGGCGUACGCCGGCGUGGCGCGCCAGUGGUUCCACUCGCUGAACCCGCUCCUCCGCGGCGCCAGCUUGGCCGCCAACCACGGCAUCGUCAGGGCGGUGGAGGGCGAGCAGGUGGUGCACGUCGUGGACCUCGGCGGCGCCAACCCAAGGCAGUGGAUCGAGCUGCUCCGCCUCCUCGCGGGGCGCCCCGGCGGCGCGCCGUCGUCGCUGCGCCUGACCAUCGUCAGCGAGCACGCCUUCUUCCUGAGCUGCGCCACCGAGCUGCUCACCGCGGAGGCCGCGCGCCUGCACCUCUCCUUGGCGGUCCACACGGUGCAAGCCCACAUCGACAACUUCUCGGCGACCGUGCUCGCGUCCCUCGGCGUGCAGCGCGGGCCGGCGCUGGUGCUGUCGUCGACGCUGCAGCUCCACCGCCUGAUCGCCGACACGGCCGUCGUCAGGCACGCGGACCGGGAGCACGAGACGAUGACCAGGGCGGACGUGCUCCUCCGCCUGCUCCGGGACCUGUCCCCGAAGGUGCUGGUGCUGACGGAGCAGGAGGCGGACCACAACAACGGCGAGGGGCGCGGCGCGGGGGCGCUCUGGGACCGCGUCAACAACGCCUUCGACUACUACGCGGUGCUGUUCAACGAGCUGGAGGUCUCCGGCGUGCCGCGCGGGUCGCUGGACCGCGCCGUCGUGGAGCGGCUGCACCUCCGGGAGGAGAUCAUGGACAUCGUCGCCCGUGACGGCGCGGCGCGGCGGGAGCGGCACGAGAAGAUGCAGCGCUGGGUGCCGCGGAUGGCAGCGGCUGGGUUCCAGCCCGUGCCGGUGACCAUGGACGGGUUCAGGGAGGCGACGAGGCUAGACCGCCGGCGGUCGACGUCGGACGCUGACAGGCAAAGGCCGCUGUAUCGGGUGACCGCGGUGAAGGAGAUGGGGUGCUUCUACGUGCACUCGUGCUCGGCCCCUAUGUUCUCGGUUUCGUUUUGGCAGCCGGCGCCGCCCCGCGACGAUCAGCAGUGA